GCGAUGAUGAUGAUGAUGAUGAUGAUGAUGAUGAUGAUGAUGAUGAUGAUGAUGAUGUACAAAAGGAGCUCCUCCAAUUGAUGAGGCCAAGUUCUUGAUGGACUUGUUGAAGAAAGAGUCCGUUGACAGCGCAGUGAUAUUACCGCCAACAAUCAAGACCCUACUGGCACGCGCUGACCUCUUGCAGUGUGACGUCACGUGGCGCUUGCCCUUGAUCAUCACUGGAGGCAGCGCAGUCAGGACAGAUGUUGCCCGUGCCAUAGGACCUUUGACCUCCGAGCUCAGGGUGGUCUACGGAUGCACUGAAGCAGGGUUCGUUUCAUACAAAGCCUACAAAGACCCCAGCAAGGUCGUGAAUUUUAACUGCGGGAAGCCUGUAAACGGAAUGGCAGUGAAAAUUGUCGACGACAAUCUGAGAGAAGUUCCUCCCAACACCAAAGGGGAGGUAAUGAUCAAGCACAACGGCUUUUUCACCGGGUACCUCAAGCAGCCAGAUCUCACAGCAGACGCCACACCAGAAGACGGGUGGUUCAGACCUCGAGACCUUGCUUACAUCAACGACGAAGGUGACCUCUUUGUUGAGGGGAGACAAUCGGAAGCCAUUGCCAUAGGCAGCUUGAUGAUGUACCCACAGCUGCUGGAGUCCCACCUCAUGAAGUGUCCGGGAGUGCAUGACGUGGCUGUGGUUGCUAUCCCCGACAAGGACUUCGAGAACAUUCCGUGUGUGUGCGUCGUGCAGGAUCCCAGACCGGAAGCCCAGCGCGUGGUGCCUGACGACCUCCUUCGCGCAUGCGCAGAGUAUUUCCAGGAAAGUUUUCUUCAGGUGAACAAGGAGGCAGAACUAAGCGUUCCUAAGGUGUGUCUGGUGUUUGACAAGUUUCCUCUCAAUCCCAAUGGAAAGGUGCAGCGGGGAGCAUUGCGAGCUCUGGCUGUGGACAGACUUGGACUGAAUGACAACUGA